GGUAGCGCCGGAUUAGUGGGAGGUGGUGCAUGUUGUGGUGGUGGAUCCCCGUAAUGUCCACACUGUACAGUCGUCUGGAUGAGGGUAUAAUUAUCAACCAGGGUAGAGGUGAUGAUGUGUUUGCAGUGCUUGGUGUGAUUGACAAAUACGUUUUGGGGAGAAGAUCUGGAUUCUGGUUCUUUGCCAAGGGCCUUGCACAUAAGGUACUAUGCCAAGAUUAUAGAACUGCCUUGUGAGAUAGGGGCCCAUCCAUCCUCCUGCCCCGUGAGCUUUAUGACUAAGCAAGGAUUUGAACCUGGCUCUACCACAUCCAAACCCCACAUCCAAGUCCACUGAACCAAGGCCACAGUUUGAUAGGAACAGCAUUAAGAUGCAAGGUAACGCUUGACUUCGGAACAAGAAACUCUCUUUGGGAAAUACUGGAUCAAAGCAGCCGCUGAGAUUUUUGAAGCGCCAGGCACAGCUCGCCACCACCAUGCUGAACAAACCCGUCCUCGUGGAAUCCCUCAUUGUGUUUGCCGUGGUGCUGUGCGUCCACAGUAGUGUGUGGGACCGCUUCUCCUGGUGCGCCAUUGCCCUGGCGAUCCAGGCUUUUUACAUCCAGUUCAAAUGGGACCAUCUGCUUCGGCUGGGCAGUGCCGUCUUCCAGUUCCGCACGGCGGCCAACAGCGGCCUCUUGCCGGCCUGCAUGGCCGUGCCCUUGCUGGGCAUCGUGAUGAAGGAAAGGUGCCAGGCGGCUGGCAUGGUGUACUUUGAGCGCUUGGGCAUUGUCGUGGCCUCCACCGGCAUGGCGAUCGCCCUCUUCCUCUCCGUGAUCGCCCUCGGCAUUACCAAGCCCGUCCCGACCCACACCUGCAUCCUUUCCGGGAUUGCCGGCAGCCUGAUCGUCUACACCAUGAAGCAUUCGCUGGCUGUCUCAGAAGUCAUCGAGGUCCUAGAAGUGCUGCUUAUCUUUGUCUACCUCAGCAUGAUCUUGUUAUACCUGUUACCUCGCUGCUUCACGCCCGGAGAGGCGCUGCUUAUCCUCAUGGGGAUCAGUUUUGUCCUGAAUCAGCUCAUUAAACGGUCGCUGAACGUCGUCGAAGGCAGGGGAGACCCGAUCGACUUCUUCCUCCUCGUGGUGGUGGUGGGCGUCGUCCUCCUUGGGGUCUUCUUCACGGCUCUCUUCUUCUUCAUGGACUCGGGGACCUGGAUCUCCUCCAUGUUCUUCCACAUGAUGACCGCGGUGCUCGGCCUGGGAGUCGUCAUGCCCUGGCUGUACCGCUUGAUCCGGAGGAAUCCCUUGUUCUGGCUCUUCCAGUUCCUGGGGCAAACGCAGACCAGGGUUUACCUCCUUGCCUACUGGGCCCUGCUGGCCGCUUCGGCGUGCGUGGUGGUCUUCUACCAAAACGCAAAGCGGUCCGGCUCGAAGAAGCACCAGGCUUCGACGGUCACCCGGAAAUACUUCCAUUUCAUUGUGGUGGCGACAUAUGUUCCGGGACUCAUCUACGACCGCCAGCUGCUCUACGUUGCCGCCGUGGUGUGCCUGGCGGCCUUCAUCCUUCUCGAGUACAUCCGCUACUUUACGAUCAAACCCUUCGGCCACAUGCUCAGACACUUGCUCUCUCUCUUCUUGGAUGAACGGGACAGCGGCCCUCUGAUCCUGACCCACAUCUACCUUCUCCUCGGGAUGUCCCUCCCCAUAUGGCUCUUCCCCAGAGCUUGUGCCCCCAAAGGGACCUUGGACAGAGCGGGGGCUUUGGCUCCCUAUGCGGGGGUCCUGUCUGUGGGCAUUGGAGAUGCGGUGGCCUCCAUCUUUGGCAGUACGGUGGGGGAAAUCAAGUGGCCAGGAACCAAGAAGACCUUCGAAGGGACCAUGACGGCAAUCUUUGCCCAAAUCAUCGCCGUUGCGGUCAUCCUGAUCUUCGACAGCGCUGUGGAUCUCAACGCCAGCUACUCCUGGAUUCUGUUCUCCAUUAGUUUGGUUUCCCUUUUAGAAGCCUACACGACCCAAGUGGACAACUUAAUCCUGCCUCUCUACCUCCAGAUACUCCUGAUGGCUUAGGGACCUUGGUAGGAAAAGACUUCCCUUUUGAUAGAGAGAAGGGUGCGAAUGGCCUGCGUCUCGGUAUGUGGACGACUCAGUCGGUCUCUUGCCGUGCAACGUGUGUGGCGCACAGAACGGAUCAUGUCCAAAAUUUGCUCUUUGAUCAAGUGAAUAUUUAAUACAAAUGCAAUUGCAGCA